UGAAGCAAGCUGCUCUUUGUCACCCCAUUUUCCCCGGAAACCAAGAGCAGGAGCAGCCCAUUCAGGCUUGGUCAAUGAAAAUUGGACUAUUUCUAGGCCGGAACCGUAGCCAAUGAGUCUGCUCCACUCCUCUUUGUUCUGCACCACUUGGCUAUAGCUAUUUCCCCACCUAGGCUCCCCAAAAGAAUAGCAUAAUAAAGUGAAAGAUCAGAUUGUUACAGAAGACCAGAUCGAGGGAAGGUACCGGAUAAUCAAAGAAAGAAGCCAGCUUAAAAGCACCCUGGUCGAAGCGAAGCGCCUGCGAUGAGGGAAGAAGAGAGAGACCACCAAUGCAAGUGGAUCGACUUAAGCAUCGAUUUCGAAGGCGAGAACAUGAAGCAUGAAAAUAUAACCAGCCAUUUUUCUCGUUAAUAAUGUUCUGUUACAAACAACAACGAGAAAAUACGCUCUUGGACACAUGCAUGCCCCUAUCCCCCACCCAUCGUCCUGAUCUUGGCUUGAAGUAUCCAAGUAGCGCUAAAACGAAAAAGCGAACUAUUGGAAUUCUUGGGCUUAGCCUUUGAAUUGCCCUGGAUCAGUCCUAUACUAGGUCACAAUCAACCCAUAACUUAAAAGAAAAGAAAAAGAUCGAAGUCGAGAAGCUCAUCGCUCAUGCUUCCAACCCGUGCUUUCAACCCCGGAAAGACUCCGCUGACACACACAAUAUCUUCGCCACCCUCCCGACUCGCGAUCCCCAAUGCGGCUUUCCUCACUUCGGUAAGUUACAAGGAUGAAUGCAAAUAGCAAGGCGCUAUGCUGCGUGAAGUGAGACCGGCUGUCCUAAGUUAAGUGCUUCCUUAUUCAUUAAUGAUCUUGCUCAGUAGGAGGGCUUUUCCCCUUCUGUGCAGCCUGAUUUUCUCUCUGGAAAUGAGGGUGCCCUCGAUUGAAAUUUUUCAUCGAAUAUGGAAUCCUCCCAUGGGUGAGAAGGUUGAGUUACAGACUCCGUUGGCUUUCGCAAGAAAGCAUCUCGAAAGUUCCGAAAUCUAUGGUUGAUGUCUCACUCGAACUCUAUCCCUGACUUUCUUCGUCCGAGCGGCCCCUCUAGGACGCGAUGCGGGAAGGAAGAAGGAUUUCUUUCUACCAUUAAAUAAUUCGCAAUAGUUAACCAAGCAGUAGCCAAGAACAAAGAAGCAAGCCAAGAUCAAUGGAGGGUCGCCCCAGUCAAAAAUGGUAAGAAGGAGUAGCAUCAAGAACAUUCAUUGUAUCUACGCCUCUCAGCGAUCCACAGGCAUCUGUAGCAUGUUGUACCCGAGAGUUAUUUUGGCUGUGUCCGUUACACCAUGGACAAGAAUCUUAGUCGGAGUCAAAUUCCUUACCUUUCAACCCAAAGCUGAACAUAUCCGCACAGGUAUUCCAUUUCUUUUCUUGAGGAUCCAUUUUCGAAAAAUGCCCUCUUUUGAUUAGCCAGUUUCCAAGGGGGAGAAGCAAGCCGAACCUCUGAAAGAUUUGAGAUUCCGUAAGUAACUCAGUAAAUGGAUUGGGAGAAGAAAAUGAGAGAAACACGAACAAUUUCGUUCGUCAUAAAGUGGUUUGUUACACAUACACAUACACAGUAUUGCAGAGACGGGCUGGCUAGGCUCUUAUCGAAAUUGCGUAUAUAAAGAGAUUCGUCUUGCUUGAUCAUUGCAUUGAGUGCGUGGUAAAUGCUUUUGUUUUGACUGAACCUCCCAUUGCUCUCUCUCCGAUAGCAUGCAGCUUAUAAGGAAGACAGAUAUCUAUAAAGUGUUCAGUGAUAUGACUUUCCUACUGAUUGAAUCGCUUAAAUGAAUGAAAGGAAAGGUUGCUUUUAGGAGAAAUCUGCCCCCGUAAGAGGCGUUGCAAGCAAAUAGUUUUUUGAAAAGCGGCGAAGCUUGUCUUGUAGAAAAUAGAAAAGUUGUAUUGUUAUUCGUAGAGGGGUCGCGGAAGAAUAUUGGGUUCGAGUCCCGAAGGUAGGGGAUGAUUAUCGGCUCCUCAUAAAUCUAAAAAAGGAGCUGGGGCCGGAUCACCCUAUUCAUUUGUUCUAAAAAAAGAGAAUAAAGAGGGGAAGAAUCGACAAAGAAUGACGAACAUAAAAUCGUGAAUGAAAAAGCGUUAGGCGAAUGAUCUACUCUGUUAUGUUAGAAGGCGCAAAAUCAAUAGGUGCCGGAGCUGCUUUCAAUACUUACCAAGCGAAUUUGCUAGAUGCAUCCGGACCGUCUGCACUAGGUGCCGGAGCUGCUUCCAAUACUUACCAAGCGAAUUUGCUAGAUGCAUCCGGACCGUCUGCACUAGGUGCCGGAGCUGCUUCCAAUACUUACCAAGCGAAUUUGCUAGAUGCAUCCGGAGCGUCUGGAUCAGGGAUGCCUGAAGUUAUUCUUCAGGGAAUACCGGUUCCUCCGGGUAUCGAUCUAGCCUCGAUCUAUUCUUCGCCAUUUUUCUUCAGUCCCUCUGUUUGGAUCUCCGGUGAUAUUGAGGAUCCUUUGAUUAUCUCGAAGCUCAGUAAUUUCAAUAAAUUUUUAUUAGUUCUACAGAAGGAUUUUUUUCAAGGGACCAUACAAGGCCCCUAUAUCAAAGCUCUCCAAGGGGUAUUGGACCAAACUUCACCCGCUUUACUAGCGGGAAAACUGGACUUCCUACUCAUUAGAGAGUACAACUCUUGGUAUAACGUUUAUGCUAAGAAUAUGGGUCUCGGUGUGCCCGUACAUGAUUGGUAUGUGAAGAACUUUGGUAAAUUUGUCCCUUCCCCCCUGGAGCCCCUCUUGACUGACAAUUUUGGUUUCUUUUUUAUUGGCAUCCUUCUCAUAGUUGUGUUUUCUAUCUCUCUAUUAUUAUGGCGCAGAAAGAGAAAGAAUUUCAAGUGUGAGGAGAGCAAGCCUUCAUGUACGGGCGUUCCCCGACAGGGGCCUGCCAGCUCAGGAAGCCAAACGCCCGAUACCGGUAGAAGGGUCCCUAGCCCCCUUUCUCUUUCUUUAUUACAACCUUCUUUUUUGAUGUCAAAGACCAGGAACUACGCGCAAAUUCUCAUUGGAUCUUGGUUGUUCUUAACAGCGAUGGCUAUUCAUUUAAGUCUUUGGGUAGCACCACUAGAUUUUCAACAAGGUGGAAAUUCUCGUAUUCUCUAUGUACAUGUUCCUGUGGCUCGGAUGAGUAUUCUUGUUUAUAUCGUUACGGCUAUAAACACUUUCUUGUUCCUAUUAACAAAACAUCCUCUUUUUCUUCGCUCUUCCGGAACCGGUACAGAAAUGGGUGCUUUUUCUACGUUGUUUACCUUAGUUACUGGGGGGUUUCGGGGAAGACCCAUGUGGGGGACCUUUUGGGUGUGGGAUGCUCGUUUAACUUCUGUAUUCAUCUUGCUCCUUAUUUACUUGGGUGCGCUGUGUUUUCAAAAGCUUCCUGUAGAACCGGCUCCUAUUUCAAUCCGUGCUGGACCGAUCGAUAUACCAAUAAUCAAGUUUCCAGUCAACUGGUGGAAUACAUCGCAUCAACCUGGGAGCAUUAGCCGAUCUGGUACAUCAAUACAUGUUCCUAUGCUCAUUCCAAUCUUGUCUAACUUUGCUAACUUCCUCUUCUCAACCCGUCUAUUAUUUGUUAUUGAAAUACGUCUUCCUAUUCCAUCUUUUCUCGAAUCUCCUUUAACGGAAGAAAUAGAAGCUCGAGAAGGUAGUUUACGUGCUUAGUGCUUGCAUUUAAGGAAGACUCAAACCUAAUUCACUCGCGGAGUCUUUUUGCAU